UUGCUUGCAGCUGAAAUUAUACAAAUCUUGUUAAACGGACGUCAACAUUUUAAUUUCGUCGGAAAUUUCGUCUCGUUUCAACACCAAAACGUCGAGAUUUUGGAUUCAAAAGGCACGAUCAUAUAAAUUGAUCGUCCAGGACAAAUUUAAGAUUUAUAAGUUACAACAUAAGCAUCACAAAUCCACCCCCGUUUUAACAGCUAAUUUAAAAUCAUGGCUGCUGGAAAUACGUUGCAGAAAGCCAUCGAUUUAGUCACUCAGGCGACAGCAGAGGACAAAAAGAAGAACUAUGCUGAAGCACUUCGGUUGUAUGAACACGGGGUUGAAUAUUUUCUGCACGCAAUCAAAUAUGAAGUCCAAGGUGAGAAGUCAAAAGACAGUCUUAGGCAAAAGUGCGUCCAGUACCUGGAGAGGGCUGAAAAACUCAAAAAGUACCUGGAGACUGGUAAAAGUAAAAAACCAGUCAAAGAAGGCGACUCAGGUGGAAAGAAGGACAAAAAGAGUGAUAGUGACAGUGAUGACGAAGACCCCGAGAAGAAAAAGAUGCAGACCAAGCUGGAAGGUGCUAUUAUAGUGGAGAAGCCGCACAUCAAAUGGUCAGACGUUGCUGGCCUGGAAGGAGCCAAGGAGGCUCUCAAAGAGGCAGUCAUCUUGCCUAUCAAGUUUCCCCACCUUUUCACUGGCAAAAGGGUCCCUUGGAAAGGAAUUCUGCUUUUUGGGCCGCCUGGUACUGGUAAAUCCUUCCUUGCCAAGGCAGUUGCAACCGAAGCCAACAAUUCAACCUUCAUUUCCAUAUCGUCAUCUGAUCUUGUGAGCAAGUGGCUUGGCGAAUCUGAAAAACUGGUGAGGAGUCUCUUUGAAAUGGCACGAGCCCACAAGCCAUCCAUCGUCUUCAUUGAUGAAGUUGACUCGCUCUGCUCUUCUCGCUCGGACAACGAAUCCGAGUCAGCCAGAAGGAUCAAAACUGAAUUCCUUGUCCAAAUGCAAGGUGUGGGCAAUAACAAUGAUGGAAUCUUGGUGCUGGGCGCCACGAAUAUCCCUUGGGUCCUGGACGCGGCCAUCAGACGAAGAUUUGAAAAGCGAAUCUACAUUCCUCUGCCUGAGGAGCACGCUCGACUCACCAUGUUCAAACUUCACCUUGGAAACACACCCCAUUCUCUCAAUGAGGCAGAUCUCAAGAGUUUGGCAGCCAAAACUGAAGGGUACUCUGGUGCAGACAUCAGCAUCAUUGUGAGGGACGCUUUGAUGCAGCCAAUCAGAAAGGUCCAGUCUGCUACGCACUUCAAACGCUGCAGUGGCCCUUCAAGGGCCGACCCCAACGUCAUUGACCAUGAACUUCUCAGUCCCUGCUCGCCAGGUGAACCCGGAGCCAUUGAAAUGACCUGGGUGGAUGUGCCUGGAGACAAGUUGCUUGAGCCGAUUGUUAGCAUGAGUGACAUGUUGCGCUCCCUGGCAACAACUAAGCCUACAGUGAACGACGACGACAUGGCCAAGUUGGACAAAUUCAAGGACGACUUUGGCCAAGAGGGAUAGAGCACAGCUUGUCCAAAUUUGAAUUUCACACCACUGAUUGUAUAAAAAGGAUACUUUUAAUGGUAACAUUACUUACUGAAAGUGAAUUAAUAGCUAAAGAAAAUGCUUUCAAAGUGAUACAUCUAACAGCCUGGCUAAAUCUAUAUGUUUUAUUGUCCCAAUGUAUUUUUGCGUGGCAAAGAGAAACUCCCCGUCAGGUCUUGUGAUGGAUGAAAAAUAUUGUAUAAAUUUCAGUCUAUUCGCCUUCUUUUUUAUUGUCCUAUAAUUUAGAUUCUAGACAAAAUGUAAUCGUUAUUGAAACACAAUAUAAAUUAAAACUAAUACAAUGCUUAUCUGCAUUCUCUA